GAUAAACUGUUAAAAUAUAAGUUUUCCUUAAACAUUAGUUAUGGAAAUACAUUCCAAAACUAUUGGAUAUCAUCCGUCUGGGGUAACUUUUUAAGACGUCAUGAGCAAAGUUACUGGGGGCAAACUUUCUAAGCGGGGGUAAAUAUUUGAACGUUUAACAGUUACGUGAAUUAAAAUGAUUUAACUGUGGGCAGCUGCCCCCAUGUCACGGUAAAUAGAAGUGUUUGGGUAUUUGGGUAAAUAUAUUUUAGAAAAUGGACUCAUUUAAGCCCAAUUGUAGGGGAUUUGGACAAAAUAAGGGUGUAGGGUUAGGUUUUGUCGGCAGAAUGAGUUUUCUUGUUUAAGAAAAAGUAAAUGGGGUUGCCAUAACAAAACAAAACAAAAAUAAAAAGGAAAAAGGAAAAAGGAAAAUCGAGGGUUUGCUAUAUAAGUAUAUAGAUUGGGAGUGGAAGAACAUGACGGCGUGGAUGGAGAUUUAUCAGAGAAGCUUUCCCAUGAAACAAAGAGAAACCAAACGUAGAAGAAAAGGAAGAAGAGAGUGGAAGAUUGAGAUCCCCAAUGAUGUCAUGGAAGAAAUCGUGAUGAGGCUUCCGGUGAGAUCGAUUAUGAGGUUCCAAGCUGUUUCAAAGCACUGGGAAUCCAUGAUUAAGACAAGAGAUUUUAGGGCAAGACACAUGGCUCAUCAGAGAAGCAAAGAUCCUAAACUCAUGUUUGUCUCUUAUGGUCAGUAUCAUAUCCGUUUUGAGCAAAGGGACAUGGAGACGACUUCUCUUGAAGAGAGCCUCUGUUUGAAAAUUGAAGAGAUUAAGGGUGCUAUCGCAAUCUCCGAAUGCUGCGAUGGCCUUGUCUGCUUCUACGGCUUGACGGAUGCAGUGAGAGUGAUAAAUAUGGCCACAGAAACAUCGUUGGUACCACCACUCCCCUUAGCGAAAUUUCAGCAGCUCUAUAAAGACCAUCCAGACCCAGAUCUGGAGGUGGAGAUGGAGGACGUGACAGAUGAAGAUGAUGAUCUACAUACUGUUCCAGUGCCAUUCAUAUUAUUUACUAGGUUUGGAUUUGGGAAAGACAGGGUCACAGGACGAUAUAAGAUAGUGUGGCUCUAUAAUAUAUAUCCUGCUACCUUGAACAAGAAGAAGAAGACAAGAUGCGAGGUUUUCGAUUUUGAGGAAUGGAGAUGGAGAUUCGUGACUACCAGACCUCUUGAUCAUCACCAAAUCUUGUCGAGUCAGAGGCCAUCGUUUGCAAACGGAUCAUUAUACUGGCUUACGGGAGAUGAACGAGGAUACCCAUCAACACAAACCAAGCUCAUAGUUUUCGAUAUUUAUACAGAGAUGUUUCAAGUCACCUCAACACCACCUUUUAUUACCCCUGAUGCCUCUGGUGACAAAAUUGGUUUAUGUAAUCUUGAUGGUCGUCUCUGCAUUUCUGAGCUCAAGGGAGAUUGUAAGCAAGAGUUUUGGUGGAGGGUUGAAGAAUGCAACAAGUGGGAGAGAAUCUUCUCAGUUGACUUGAAUUCUACUUCCUGUUGGUUUGGUGGUAUCACUUCACAGCCUCUCACACCUUUGGCCAUUUCCAAGGAUAACAAUAAAGUCGUCCUCUCGCUUACCUAUCAAGGAAACCUUGUUGACUUUGAUCUUGAUCCUGACUCGACUGUUUAUCAUUUGUAUUAUUCUGGUUACUAUGGCUUAGCUGUUCCUUAUUUUCCAAGUUUAUCACUAGUUCAUGCAACUUUCUAGCUCUCUAUUUUUUUUUUUCUGAAACUAUUUAUCUUCUUCAGUAACAUUAAAAUGUGUUUUUAUAUUCAAAGUAUGCAAUGAGCACUUCUUAUUUAUGU